CCUGCACUCCGCUCCACAUACAGACUGGACAGGAACACGGACAGGGAUACAUGGACAGAGACAUGGAAGCUCCAAGAACACGGACAUUGGAAGAUCUUGGGAUYGCAGUGAUGAGGAGGGGAAGCUAUGACGAAGCUGCGGCUUUAGGACUACAUCCUCACCUUCGCAGUUUGGCCCAGAGGCGUCGUUCCGCCCCGUCCCUGGCUUUUGAGAAGGCUCUGGGCAGCAUGCCAUGGUCCUCCAUCAGGGAGGAGGCUCCGUGCUGGGUGUCGGUGGAGCAAUGCCCUUUCGUCCUGGGUCUUAGCAGUGAGAAUGCGGAGCUGGUCCUGGACGCCUGUGUUCAGAUCACAGAAGGCAUGAAGACCAGAAGGAGACAACUCUUCCUCUUCAGCGACGUGAUCGCAAUCACCAUGCUCAAGUCCAGUGCUAGCUACCGUCUGAAGCACAGGGUGAGUCUGGAAGAUCUGUGGCUUUAUGGCUUUGAGGAGGAAGAGGGAGGAGGUGGAGAGAUUGACCUCAGGACGUCCCUGGUCCUGGCCUGGCCCCUUGCCUUCUGUGUGGUGUCCUUCCACUCACCUGAGGUAAAAGAACGCUGGUUGGAUACUCUUCACAGGAAAAUUAAAGCAGCAAAAGAAAGGGCAGGUUCUACCACACCAGCCCCAAGUGUCCUGAUGAAGGUGCUGAGCGGCAGUAUCACAGCUAAAACAGGAGUGGGCAUGGAGCCUUCUAUCAAGUUUUUGCUUGAUAGUGACACAAAGAUCCCCGCCGUGCCCAGCUGUGUAACACAGCCCAUUGAAAAUGGUAGCAACAGUAAGUGGGGCAUCUUGAGGAAGUUGAGGAGAAGCUCCACCCUCACCAGCAUGUCCUCCCGUCCAGACACAGACUCCAAGAGCCAUCUGUUCGGACAGUCUCUCUCCAAGACCUGUCCAGAGGACGGGACUCUUCCGAAGCCUAUCACAGAUAUAUUGGUGCUGCUGUGCAAGAAAGGCCCCUCCACAGAGGGGGUGUUCAGGAAGAACGGCAACAGUAAGAACCUGAAGGCCAUCAGGGAGCAGCUCGACAGUGGGACGGAGGUGGAGAUGGAGUCCUUGCCCGUGGUUCUCCUGGUGGGACUACUCAAGAGUUUUCUGAAGGAGCUCCCGGGCAGCCUGCUAGUGUCGGAUAUGUAUGAGACCUGGAUGAAGGCCCUGGAGAUUAAGGACGACCACCACAGAAGCUUAGAGCUCAAAAGGGUGGUAGACAAGCUACCAGGACCUAACAUCCUCCUGCUGCGGAACAUUCUGUGUGUGCUCCAUCACAUCACGGAGAGGGCAGAUGCCAACAAGAUGGACGCCAAUAACUUGGCAUUGUGCAUCGCACCCACUCUGCUGCAGAAGGACACCAUGUCCUUAGACGUGCAGACCGUGGAGAAGGUGAUAGAGCUGACGCAGUUUCUGAUCGAGCAUUGCUGUGAGAUCUUUGGAGAGGACGUCCUGAGCCUUUUGGGAGAUCCCGAAGAGGAAAACUCAGAUUCCGUGUCGUCACAGCAACACGAUUCUGCGUAUGACAGCAACGACCCAGACGCUGAGGGGGACAGUAUGGGGUCCACGAAAGUAGAGGGUGAGGGGGAAAGGUGCGGCUCGUCCCCAUCUCUCCUCUUUGCGUGCGGGAUGCAAUGCGGCUCUAUCCCUUCCAACACCAUCUUCCACACCUUCACCAACAAGAAGCACUUCGACCGCCGCUGCUCAGAGCCAAUCAUCUUCACCUCUGCCGAGAAGAGGAGCCUGAUUGGCCUGGCCCGUAGUAACGACGAUUUCUCCGUGGAGGGGCGGGACUUUGAGGAGCAUCCACUCAAGAAGCAGAUCUCUGAUGACUCCUUCCUGCUCCCAGAAUGUGGUGUUACCAACACCAGGCAUGCCACCACGCUGUCUCUCCCCAAACUCGGUGGCAGCCAGACGAUGACUUGGCGGCAGCUUGACCCGUCAUGCCUGUCAUCCUGCUCCCUGGAGAGCGCCUCCUCCAACACAUCAGAGGUCUCCCUGUUCACCAGCUCGCCGCUGACAUCCCCGGCCUGCCAACACAGGGGCCAGUCCACACACCAUGCUCCCCUCUCCACCAAACCCAGGGCAGAGCCCCCGAGGGCAGACACGACGGAAGUGGUGUCCAUGAAGGUGGACAGUAAAGCCCUGAUGAGGACCAAGAGCCUGGGGGCCUUUGGGUUCGCCAGGGGCAGUCUCAAGAAAGGCGACCACCAGAAGGAGAAGCCUUUCUCUUGCGGGACCCUCGAGGAGGACUCCCAGAGUGAGGUGGAGGCCCCAGUGGCCGAGGCCUCUCUCAGACAGAAGCGCCCCCUGUCUGCGGUGGAGGUCUUCCUACAGGUGGACAGCAGACUGCCCUCCCAGCCCCCUUCGUACGAGCAGGCAGUCCAGAGUGCGACUCAGCCCUCCCCACCGCAUUAUGGCUCCAUGACUGUCAGUGCCGUCGCUGCCACUCUCAGCAGGAAGUCCCGCCCAGCCUCUAUGAACGCAAACUUCCUGUACUCCUGUCCCGUCAAGCAAUACACAGACUGCUUCUCUCGGGGGAUAGACAGUGAUGAUGUCACUGCAGCCCAGCAGCAUCCGGUCGGGUUACGCCAGCGAGCGAUGUCUGAGUCCGUGUCAAGAGCACGCCACGAGACCCUGUCACGCCACGAGACAGCGUCACGCCACGAGACUGUGUCACGGAGGUGCAGCCAGCCCGUGUUCGAGGAGCAUUCUUACACCAAGGAGUCCUACGUUUGAAGGCCUUUUUCAGACAUUGUGUUUCACUUUUUUCACUUUAAAAUGUACACAAAUUAAAACGUGCAACUGUUAGGUUGGACUUGCUGAGUAGUACUGUUCAGAGUACAAAAUGACGAUAUUUUACCUGAAAAGCUAUUUGUAAAUCGCCGCCUUCUCUAGUUCAUCUACAAGCAAAGCUAUGUAAAUAAUCACAAACGGAAUCUGCAGUUAUAGAGGGUAACAAUAUGCUAUUGUUGGUAUUAUUUCCAUUGUUUUACUGUUGUUAAUAUACUGCUGUGUGUACUGUGCAUAAAUGUAUACAUUUGUCAAAAUGUUUUCUUCCCUGUGUCUUUUUGUAUUUCUUGACUCUACAACAUCUGUACUUCCACUACAAUAAAGCACCUUUAUGUAACAUU